ACUUAUAGUACAUUUUAUCAGUAUUGAAAGUUUUAAACAUUAUAAAUGAAUUAUCAAUCCUUUACGGUUCCUAAAGAACGUAUUCCACUUCAUUUAAAGAUGGAAAUUACGCCGCAAGACCACCGUCUUUCAGACGGUACAUCAGGCUAUUCAGAAACCCAUUUUGAGGGAAAAAAUGAGCAAAUGAAUUUAGUCUUUGCACACCUUGAAAAACAAGGAUUUAUUCCUAAAGAUCUUGUUUGGAAUGAAACAAUUUGGUUUUAUCAGAAUCUUGGAAUUGAUGAUAUGUAUUUUGAGAAAGAAAGUGUUAAUACUAUUGCAAAUCAUAUUUUGGCACUUUAUAGUGCGAAGAUUAUGGCGUAUACUCGUCAUUCUAGAGAAUUUGAUAUUCGUCUUGAGCGGGAAGCAGAAGACCAUGCAGUUUAUAUUGAUACAAGUAUUCCGGGUGAGACGAAUCCCAAGGGCCCAUUAUAUGAAAAAAGAAUUGAAGAACUUUAUCUUAAUAACAGCAAUUCAACAAAAGCGUAUCGCUUGGAGACGUUUCGUUCAUCAACUUUAAUUAAUGAGUCUCCUAAACAGCAAUUGUGCUCAUAUUUUGUUACAAAAUGUAAUUUUGUGAAUCCAACACCAAGUAAAGAAGAAAUGUCAGAUUUGCGAAUUGUUUCAGAUAAGACAUUUCUUGAAAAAGCGACUCAACGCACAUUUAAUAUCUAUCAAAAUGUUGUUAAAUCGGUUUUAAAUAGAACAGGUCCGGUAAUUGAGAUGUAUGAAAUUAGUGGGACACGUGAGCGUCGUAUUGUCAUUGGAUAUAAACAAGGAAGUGCAAGAUCUUAUUUUUCUGCUCUUUCGAAUUUAUAUCAUUAUUAUGGACUUACAUCAACACGAAAGUAUGUUGAACAAUUCUCAAAUGGAGUUACGGUUAUUUGUAUUUAUUUAAUCCCAGUGUUAGAAAAACAGGCGCAAUAUCCUCCUAUUGAACAUAGUAUUCACCAGAUUGUGAAAGAAGCGUCAUUACUUUAUUGUAUUCCAGAGAAUAGAUUUCAAGCUUAUUUCGCUUCAGGAAGGUUAUCUUUGCAAGAAGCAAUUUAUGCACAUUGUGUUUUUGUUUUCAUUGGACAUUUUCUUAAUCGCCUUGGUACUGAAUAUUCAUCACUAAGUUCUAUUUUGGAUUUGUCCAAUCCUAUUCAUUCAGAAGUAUUGGCAAAGUUAAAACGUCGACUUCGACAAGAAACAUUCACUAGGGAUUAUAUCUUUGAAAUUAUUCAGGCAUAUCCAGAAUUGAUUAAACUUUUCUAUGUUUCUUUUGCUUCUGUGCAUUAUAUUUCAUCUAAUAAAACAGUUGAAGAACUAAGGCCUAGUUUAUCAUAUCAACGAAUUCAAGUUACUAGAAUUCUAGGUGAAAAAGAAAUUCUUGAUGAAGUUAGACGGAAAACAAGUAAUAGUCAUGAAUAUAUGGUAAUGGAGGCAUUUUAUCUUUUUAAUUCACAUGUUUUAAAAACAAAUUUUUAUCAAGUAACAAAAGUUGCUAUUAGUUUUCGAUUAAAUCCCGAUUUCCUUCCAGAGAUUGAAUAUCCACAGAAAUUGUAUGGAAUGUUUUUGGUUAUUGGAUCUGAAUUUAGAGGAUUUCAUUUGCGUUUCAGAGAUGUAGCAAGAGGUGGUAUUCGAAUUGUUAAAAGUAGGAAUAAAGAAACAUAUUCUAUUAAUGCACGGAGUCUUUUUGAUGAAAAUUAUAAUCUUGCAAAUACGCAACAAAGGAAAAACAAAGAUAUUCCUGAAGGGGGAGCAAAAGGUGUAAUUCUUCUUGAUAUGGAGCAUCAAGAUAAAGCUGUUGUCGGCUUUCAAAAAUAUAUUGACUCAAUUAUUGAUUUACUUUUGGAAGGGGAAUCGCCAGGAAUCAAGGAUAAACUUGUUGAUCUUUAUUCUCAUAAAGAAAUUUUAUUUUGUGGUCCAGACGAAAAUACUGCAAAUUUGGUUGAUUGGGCCACAGAACAUGCUCGAAUGAGAGGUGCGCCAUGGUGGAAAUCUUUUUUUACAGGAAAAACAGCACGUCUUGGUGGAAUUCCACAUGAUGUUUAUGGUAUGACGUCUUUAUCCAUUCGACAAUAUAUUUUAGGAAUAUAUGGAAAGUUAGGCUUGAAUGAAGAAUCAGUUACCAAAAUUCAAACAGGAGGACCUGAUGGUGAUCUUGGAUCUAAUGAGAUUCUUCUUUCUAAAGAAAAAUAUGUUUGUAUUAUUGAUGGAAGUGGUGUUAUAUAUGAUCCUGAAGGAAUUUAUCGUCCUGAACUAAUUCGACUUGCAAAAGAGCGUAAAAUGAUUUCCUUUUUUGAUCGGUCAAAAUUAAGUUGUUCUGGCUAUAUUGUUUUAAUAGAUGAUGAAGAUCUAGUAUUACCUUCGGGUGAAAUUGUAAAAAAUGGUACACAUUUUAGAGAUACAGCGCAUCUUAGAUUUCAUGCCGAUCUUUUAGUUCCAUGUGGUGGUCGGCCAGAGGCAAUUAAUCUUAGUAAUGUUUCUCAAAUGAUUCAUAAUGGAAAAUGUGUUAUACCUUAUAUUGUAGAAGGUGCUAAUCUUUUUAUUACACAAGAUGCCAAGGUUAAAUUGGAGGAAGCAGGGUGUAUUUUAUAUAAAGAUGCCUCUGCAAACAAGGGUGGAGUAACAUCAAGUUCUCUAGAAGUAUUUGCAUCUUUGGCAUUUUCAGAUGACGAUUUUAUUCAAAAUAUGUGUGUUAGUGAUGGAAAGGUCCCUCAAUUUUAUAAAGAUUAUGUAAAACAAGUGCAAGAGAUUAUUCAGAAUAAUGCACAGCUUGAAUUUGAAGCUAUAUGGAGAGAGAAUAAAAGAAGUGGUAAAUUACGUUCAAUUUUAUCAGAUGAUCUUAGUAGCGCCAUUACAAGUCUUGAUGAAGAAAUUCAACAAUCAGAUCUAUGGAAUAACGUUGCAUUACGCAAAGUAGUUUUAAAGAAAGCAUUACCUCCUGUUCUUCUGGAGAAACAAGGAUUAGAUACCAUUUUAGAAUAUGUUCCUGAACCUUAUAUUAAAGCAACUUUUGGAUCUUUUCUCGCAUCGAGAUUUAUCUAUGAAUAUGGCGCUGAUUCGAGUAAAUUCUCUUUCUUUCAAUUCAUGAAUAAUUAUCUUCAAAAGGCAAAUACAUGAUAAUUAUUUUUUUAUUAUCUUUAUUUUAUCUUUUAUUUUUUAUU